AUGAUGAUGACGACGAUGAAAUGAUAAUGGUAACUUGUAGGGAGGAGGAGGAAUGGGAGUGGAAAUAAAAACUCGUGUGUGUCCGUUCACGAAGAGAGAGUAAAAAAGACGCGCUCAGAGACGUACGAGGAGGAAGGAAAAAGGAAAAAAAGAAGCUUCGAACAAGUGGUUUCUGACAUUUUUCACCUUGGCUGACAUCGACGAGCAUCAGGCAUCAGUGGAGAGACCUCACAGCGGUCGUGGUUUUACCCUCCUUCCCUUUUCUUCCCCUUCUGCACCCUCCUUGCCUCCUCUGAAUGACUCAGCGAAACAUGCCUGUGGUGUCUACAAUCACAGAUCUACAUGAGACCUUGGCCCUGCUCACCUCUCAGCUCCACCCUGAUGCCAACCACAAGGAGGACCUGGUCUUCCUUAAAGGUGUCUUCAGUGAGAAAAGCCUUGGCUACCUCAUGAAGGUCCACGACAAACUGAAACAGUACGAGAAGCAGAGCCCGUCCCCGGUACUGCACAGCGCCUCCUGUCUGGCAGAGGAUCUGACCGAGGAGCUCCAGGAUGGGCCCCUUGAGGAGGAUGAAAAAGAGCUGCUUCUCCUGCUGAGUGCUCCUCACCUUAAGGCCGUGCUGUCAGCCCACGACACCGUGGCCCAAAAGAGUUUCGACCCGGUGCUGCCGCCACUGCCAGACGACGUGGACGACGACCUGGAGGAGGAGUCUGUGAAGAUUGUGCGUCUGGUGAAGAACAAGGAACCUUUGGGAGCGACAAUCCGGCGGGAUGAGGUCACGGGGGCGGUCAUCGUGGCUCGGAUCAUGAGGGGAGGAGCUGCUGAUCGCAGCGGUCUGGUGCAUGUGGGGGACGAGCUACGCGAGGUCAAUGGCAACUUGAUAACCCACAAAAGGCCGGAUGAAAUUAGUCACAUGCUGCAGUCGCAGUCACAAGGAUCCAUCACACUUAAAAUUAUCCCGGCCGUCGUGGAAGAAGACAAGUUGAAGGAAAGCAGGGUCUACCUAAGAGCUUUGUUCGACUACGUGCCCUUUGAGGACCGGGCCACGCCCUGUCAGGAGGCGGGGCUUCCUUUUAAGAGGGGGGACAUCCUGCAGGUGGUGAGUCAGGAGGACGCUACCUGGUGGCAGGCCAAGAAAGUGGGCGACUGCAACCUGCGCGCCGCCCUCAUCCCCUCCACACACUUUCAGGAGAGGCGCCUGAGAUACCGUCUGAAGACAGGCUCGUUCCCAGCCUCCAUCUCCCCCAAAGUGACCACAUACGAGCGGGCUGAACAAGAAGACGCCAAUGUUGAGGCUGGCUUGCGCAGAAGUUUCCGUCUCAAGAAGGAACGUCAGAGUUCACCGGGAGAUCCUCGCACUCCUGAUGCAACUCACAGCGACUUCUUGAUAUACGAGGAGGUCACGCUUUAUGUGCCGCGCCAUGGAGAGAAACCUCGUCUCAUCGUGCUGCUAGGUUCGCUCGGUGCUCGUAUCUCUGAGCUCAAGCAGAAGGUGAUCGCAGAGAACUCCAGACUUUACGGCCUGGCUGUGCCUCACACCACGAGGCCCAGAAAGAGCCACGAGCGUGAAGGCGUGGAAUAUCACUUCAUCACCAAAGCAGCGUUCGAGGCGGACAUCCACAGUGGGAAGUUCAUCGAAUAUGGAGAAUAUAAAGACAAUCUUUAUGGCACCAGUUUGGAGUCCAUUCACAGAAUUCUGGAUCAGAACAAGAUGUGCCUUGUGGACAUCCAACCUGAGGCCCUGCACAUUCUCCGCACGCCCGCGCUCAAGCCCUUUGUUGUCUUUGUGCGACCGUCCGUGUUCGACAGCGAGAGGAAAUCUCUGAGCUCCUGUUCUUCGCUACACAGUGUGGCCAUCACGGAGCAUGACAUCCAGGACAUGAGGCAGUCAGCAGAAAAGAUAGAGCAGAGUUUUGGUCACUGGAUGGAUUACAUUCUGGUCAAGGAAGAGUUGCUCAGUGCGGUUGCAGAACUUCAUGUCCUUCUAGACCGUGUGCGCCUGGAGCCCCAGUGGGUGCCCUUGUCCUGGGUGAGGACUUAACUAACAUGUCUACUUGCCAAACUGAUCUACUCCCAGUUACACCCGCUUUUGAAAUGUUGACUAGUGUUAGUAGUGGUUGUGGGAUAAACUUGCUCAAAGUGCCAAAUUUAACAAUGCAGUGGGCAGAAAUAUGCUUACAUAAUUGAUGGCAGCUACUUACUAUAACAAUAAAUGUUUUACACAGCCA